GUUUGCUAGUGUUUCUUUGUGAAUCGUCGCCGUAACGUACAGAUUGCGAAUUCCAUCGCAGGAGUCGCAAUCAAACUGACUGAGCAUUACUUGCGCCUAGGCACAUCCGCAUCGCGUCAAUUGAUAGUCGUCAAGCGGGGACGGUGAAAUGCCCCUUGCUACAUCGCCGACGGCGACAUGGACGAACUCGGCAUAAUCCUGCUCACGCUCUUCAUGUUCCUCCUCGUCUGUGGGCCGAUGUACAGACCAAUCUGUCUCACGUACAUGUGGGUGCAAGAUCAUCGCAAAUACCAUCCCCGGACGUCGCAAUUCCAGGAGGCUCGUCGCAAACUAAGCACGGUAUCGGAGUGCACGAGCGUUGGCCUCGAGAAGUUAGACCUCGAAUCGGGCCUCCACCAAACCGAUGCGGAACCAGAAUGUCCCAUCUGCAUCGGAUCGCUAUUCGUCGCAAUUGGGACCAAUGCGGCCGGAGCAGGACCGAUGCAAACAAGGCCAUCGCAGGGGGCGGUCGGGGUUCUAGAAGAAAGUGGGGAAGAAGCAGGGCCGACUCUGAACUCUGAGCAUACAGCCGAAGGCGCAAAAGGUAGCCGGAAUGUUCGGGCAGCGGCAUCCAAGUGGAGAGAGACUGCAUGGCGGUGGCGGGAGUGGAAGAAGUCGCCGGUCAAGACGGAUGCCAAGCCAUCCGACGACGAUGUCCUGACGCUGAAGAGCUGCAAGCACGCCUUCCACGCCAAAUGUCUCUCGUCAUGGUUUCUGAUUGGGCGUUAUGACUGCCCCGUUUGCCGGAAUCACUACUGGCAGUCGCGGGAGGCGAGGACGAGAACGGCAUCUGCACCGACAGAGCCGAUGUCGUCGGGGCCGGUGUUGGGACCGGAGUCGGGGCGGGUGAGGGGAGACGACGGGUCCGGGGUGGCCAGACCGAGUCCGGCCAGGCUUGCGGUUACGCGAUUGGUGGUGCCGAUGAUGUGA